AUGGCGUCGCUUCCACCCAUUCAAGUGUAUGAACGUCCCUCAUCCAUCGCGAUCAACUCAGACUUCUCUAUCAAAGUCCAGCCAGCAGCCGACCAUCCUGAGCAACUAUGGCAAGACAUUGCUGUAUACGCGGUCGAAGUAGCAAACGUUGAUACAUCUAGUAACUCGUUCCAGCGCCACACGGUGGGAGUGGCAUCCUUCGAUAUGAGUGUCCCUGUUCGAGUCCAGGUCUCAUACACUGCCAGCACCGUACACUCAGCCGUUAUGCGACCUCGGUCAUUCAACAUCCAGCCUCGGGUAGAGAACGCCACCACCAUAAUAUUCCGUCUCGACCAACCCCGAGACGUAAUGCUCGAGCUAAACGGCAGCAAAUGGCAAGCACUGCACCUCCUCACGAACAAGAUCGACACAGACGCACCGUCCAGCGACACCGACGAUAUCUGGUACUUCGGGCCGGGCCUCAACAACGGCAGCGCCUACUCAAAGCUGACAGACGGGGUCAACCUGCUUGUCCCCGGGGGCAAAACCAUCUACCUCGCGGGCGGUGCCUUCAUCGACUUCCGGAUCAACUUCAUCGGAGUCUCGCACGCCGCGAUCCGCGGGCAUGGCUUCAUCCUCGGGCCCGUAGGCGGCUACGUGCAUCGCGAACACGGAGGCGCAAUCCACAUGAGCGGCGCAGACCACAUCCUCGUCGAAGGCGUGACUUCCCUCGGAGCAAACGGGUUCAGCUUGUCUGCCGGCGAAUGCAGCCAUGUGCGCGUCGCGGGCUACCGGUGCUUCUCGUCGGCCGGGAAUGGGGACGGGAUCGACUUCUUUUGCUCGUCGGAUGUUGUCAUUGAGAACUGUUUCCUGCGCACCUCGGAUGACUGUAUCGCGCUGUAUUCGCAUCGUUGGGAUUGGUAUGGGGAUUCCGAGAAUAUUACCAUUCAAGAUUGUGUGCUGCUGCCGGAUAUUGCCCAUGCGAUUAACAUGGGCACGCACGGCUGUCCGUCUAGGCCCGAGACCACGAGGAACGUGCUGGUGCGGAACGUGGAUAUCCUUGACCAUGAGGAGCAUCAGCUUUGGUAUCAGGGGUGUAUCGCGAUUAAUGUUGCGGAUGAGAAUCUUUUUCAUGAUAUUCUGGUUGAAGACGUGCGGGUCGAGAGGAUCACCCACGGGCAGUUGUUGAAUAUCCGAAUCAUGCAGAAUGCGAUGUGGACGACAGCGCCGGGUCGAGCAAUACGGAAUCUCGUCUUCAGAGAUGUCUGCUUGGAUAUGCAGGAGUCAAAGAUUGUUAAUCCUUCUGUUAUCUUGGGGUAUGAUCGGACCAGAGGCGUUGAGAAUGUCACGUUUGAAGAUCUGAGAAUCGGGAAUACUGUUAUUCAUGACGAGAUGGACAAGCCCCGGUGGUAUAUGGUCUCGGACUUUGUGCCACUCUUUGUCAACGAGCAUGUCAGAGGUUUGAGGUUUAUCAGGUCUAAUUGA